AUGAUGUACAGCAAGGACGGUAUCUCGGAGUUGGACACGAUCGCAAAUGUGAUUGGUUUGCGAGGAGUGGGAACCUCCUCAUUGCGCACAUUCGUCGAGAUGUGGUACCACAUCUUUCUAUGGGGUCUGUUUUCGUCCAUCUUUGUACACACGUGCGCCGCGGUAAUAGCGUUCGUGACGCUUCGCAAACACAAAUUUGGCCGUUUCUUUUCCAUAUUCAUCUUCGUGAUGGGCGUCCUGUCGCCGGCAACGGGGGGCGUUGUUAGCAGUACCGUCAUUGCCUUCGUACAUCGUGCUUCUAACUUUCAGAUGUCACCGAUCGCGGCAAUGGUCUGGGGCGUCGGCCAGACGAUUGUUUCUGCAUGCUUUGGAUUUACGCGCAUCCUAGCGACGCUAUAAACACACUAUUCCGGUUUUCAAAACUUGCCUGCGAAGGCAUUUGAACAUUGCUUGUUCUCACAGAAACACUAGCUGCCGGCAAGGGAUAUGUUUACAGUGUAUAAUGCAAGGAAUCCUUUUAAAGACUGGUAUUUUGUUGAACAGCCUGUCGUAGGGGAUGAUUGUGAUAAAAGCGGCGUGUGAGAGUGGGAUGAAACGGCCUGUUGAUGGUUUUUAGACGUAAAUUCCAUUGCUUUCUCUUAUUGAAAACCAUGUGCACAGGGCAACGGAAAACGAUACACAUCACAGCAUCAUCACUUACAAAAUUCUUUACGCAAAUCGUUUGUCGCCGUCGGGCAGCUGGUCAGUGGUACAGAAAAAGGACGCGGUUUAUUUCAAGGAAAACGAGCAAUUUUGAACAAAACCCUUAGAGAAAAUUCUAAAAUUCACACUUCGAAAGAUGUAUGCAGCGUGAUGCGACGGGCACCAAAAAUCAAUAGACGAAUAAUUUUAGGGCGGUCUUCGUUGUAAGAAAAUAUAAUCAAUGCAUAAAUCGAUGAGGAAAACCCAAGUUACGCAAAGGCUGCCUGUAAAUGUUGGUGAGCAAAGCUUGGGAAAUCAUGUGAUUGUUUUUCUGUAGAAAACGAUGAUCAUUGGCCAUUUUUGCCGCGGAAAAAUAAAGAAAAAAACGCGAAUGUACAUGUAUGCCUGCGAUUUUUGUCAGAAUGCGUGUGCGCGUGUGAAUGCUUGUGUAAAUGUAUGUGCGUGAAAGCUUUCUAUAGUGCUUCAGAUAGAGGAAUCCAUACAAAAUAGUCACAAUUAACUAGUAACCAAUGGAAGCAAACGAAUCGACAAAUAGUGAUGACCCAAUAUCUUAAGUAAACCACGCUAGUUAUAUAUAAUUCACAAAAUCAUAUGCGAGGUUGCUCUACAAAACCGUGUAGUGCUGUAGGGGUGACGAUAUUUAUGUUAUUGCACCUAAUUUGCUAUUGAUCAUCGACCCCCGAUCAUGGGUUCUGCGAACAAGGGGGAACAUUGGACACAGCAUAAUAUUUUCCAUUUUAGUUACGGAUUACACUCUUCCAGACUGGAAGAAAAUAAACAGGAUACGUGGCAGUUGAUUGCAAUUGAUUAGCAUCAUUGUAGCUGUUAUGAAAAAGUCUUUUCCUAGAAUGUAGAACACAUGCAUCAUGUUUGCGAUGUGGUAUAUUGCGAUUUUGGGAUCCUUUUCAGUACAGUUCUAAAACGUAGUUGAACUUCUUUUAAGUUCUUUAUUGGUUCCACGUUCCUUCUACUAUCCCGAUAGAUAAAAGGGGAAGGUAGUGUUUCAUUUCAACUUGAAUUCAUUUUGAUUUCGCACACCUGGAGGAAGGAAUUUCUUAGAUUUUGUGGUU